CUUGCUAGGACCUCAAGGCGUGGUUACGUAAUACCGGUAGAAAAAAAAACACGUAAAAAAAUAAACAGACCGCGGGACGGUUUCUUUUCUUCUUUGCAUUAUUUGUAGUUUUUAGUCACUUUUUUAAUCAUGAUGUAUGCAAGACAGAGGGUUUUAUCUGGGUAUCGCCAGUUUUUGAAAGAGGAAUAUUUUAGCAGCAGAUUCGUAUCAAAUCAGAAGAGGUUGUGUUAUAUGGCAAGCUCGCCAGUCCAGCUCACAUACAGUAGGGUUGAGGGUGUGGAUAGGGACCCUGACCCCCAAGACCCGCCCCUUUUUAUAAUGCAUGGCCUGUUUGGUAACAAGAAAAACUGGAGAACAAUAGCUCUUACUAUGAAUGAAAAGACUGGCCGAGAGAUUGUUACAAUUGAUGCAAGAAACCAUGGGAAGAGCGAGCACCAUGAUAGAAUGAACUACACCCUUCAAGCUUUAGAUGCUCGUCAGCUGAUGUAUGAGCUGGAAAUACCAAAAGCAGUCCUUGUGGGCCAUAGUAUGGGUGGAAAAGUUGGAAUGACAUUUGCCCUUACCUACCCUGAAAUGGUUGAUAAACUUAUUGUUGUUGAUGUAUCGCCUUCUCGGUCAGUUUCCGAGGAUGACAUUCAAAGAUAUCUAAAUACCAAACUGCAGAUGGAUCUAGGGAAGGUUAGAAGCAAACAAGAUGCUGAGAAGAUGCUGGAGGGGGCGGUAAAGAGUCCCAUGUUGCGACAGUUCUUCCUCACUAACCUUGUUGCAACAAGCACUGGAUUUCAAUGGAGGGUGAAUUUGGAAGCUAUUGACAGGAAUUUGGAAGAGAUAAUGACUUUUCCAGAAGAGUUUCCUUAUCCAACAUUUGAGGGCGAUGUGCUGUUCAUUGGUGGAGCCAAAUCAAACUAUAUACAGAGAAGUGAUUAUGCCAGGAUAUAUAAACUAUUUCCCCGUGCCGAGAUCACAUACAUCCCUGACUGCGGGCACUGGGUCCAUGUUGACAAACCAAACGAGCUGAUGGAUAUAAUACUAGAAUUUCUUUCAAGGGACACCUAACAAUGACACUAAAUUAGGCUUUCAGUUUGGUAUCUUCUGUGAGAAAUAACGCUACAAAUUUUCCAGUCCAAAAAGAGUUUGAGUUUUUUUAUAUCAACCAGGAUGUAUCCAGUUUUUGUUAUGGGAGGGGGGGGGGUAUGGCGGCUCUCGUAUCUGAGCAUUUGAAUGAAAAUUAUUUAAUCUUUUCAAACUUAAAAUUAGGUACAGUGCAUAGGAAUGAUCAAAAGAUUUAGAUGUAUUUCUAGCUGCUGCAGAACACUAUUUGGUGUAAUGUCUUUUUUCAUCAUUUUUUUUGGGGUGGAGGAUUUUUUCGGAUCAUGAGUCCUCAAUUAUGGUACUAAUUAUGUAAUGGGCUUCUUAUACAAAAAGAUAAAAAAUGACACCUGACAAGAA